GUUAGCUCCUGAAAUAGAAAGAGCUAGCUGCCUCCUGUUCAGGGCUUCCCUCAAGGAUGUCCCUGGAGAGUCCCCAAGAGGCGUGGGGACCACCUUUCCUGCAAGGAGAUGCCUUCUUAAGUCUGUGGUCCUCACUGUCCUCGGCACUCAGGAAGGCACUGGAGAAAAGGAAAAACCUUACUUGGGGCAGCCUGACUGGAUAUCUAAAGCUGCUGAAAACCAAAGCCUCCUGGAGAAAUGAUGGGCCUCUGACCACAACAAGCAGGAAGCAGAGAGUCAACGUGCAUUGAGCCAGUUGCUCUGCUGGUUGAAUCCCGUGGGUUCCACUCUGGCUGAAGCUGGGAAACAGCUGUAACACCCAGUCAAACUAACUCUGAGCAGCUGGGGUAAGUCAGAAGACCUCUCCGUCCUUCACCAUUUAGCUGGGGAGUGUCACUGCCAAGAUUCCUCGCUGUUCCUUCAGUCUGUGGCAGACUCAUAAACCAGUGCUUGAGGCAAUGGAGCCCUUUAUAAACAGAAGCACAAAACUUGCAGGUGCAAAGAACUACAUGUGGCACAUGCACAUAUGCAAUGAUGCACAACCAAAAUGUUCAGUUGAUGACUUAGUGAAGCAUCAGACAGCAGCCUGCAGACCGUCAUCUAUGCCAGGAGAUCACUGCUUCUCAAAAAUCGGUCUGUGAUGAGAGCAAUACAUGUGAAUGCAAUGCUUUGGAGGGAAGACUCACUAAGCAACCGAUUUAUCAUUUUAAGUCUUUUGAGGCAGGGCCUCAGGUAACCCUGGCUGGACUCCAACUUCCUAGUUAGCCAAAGAUGAUCAUGAACUCCUAAUUCUACUGUUUCUACCUCCCAAAUGCUUGUAUUACAGCUCAGUGAGUACUGGGUAUGUGUCACCCUGCCAAAUCCCUGAUCACAAGUCUCCAUGAACUGGCGGUGAGCUGGGAUAAUAAAACCCCUGACAUCACCAUUCCAGAAGCUUCACAAGACUGCAUAUAUAAGGGGCUGGCUGUAGCUGCAGCUGAAGGAGUUGACCAGCCAACUGUCCCUAGAUUCAUCGAGCCACCAUGGACAUCGCCAUCCACCACCCCUGGAUCCGUCGUCCCUUCUUCCCUUUCCACUCCCCCAGCCGUCUCUUUGACCAGUUCUUCGGAGAGCACCUGUUGGAGUCUGACCUCUUCUCAACUGCCACUUCUCUGAGCCCCUUCUACCUUCGGCCACCCUCCUUCCUUCGGGCACCCAGCUGGAUUGACACUGGACUCUCAGAGAUGCGUAUGGAGAAGGACAGAUUCUCUGUCAACCUGGACGUGAAGCACUUCUCCCCAGAGGAGCUGAAAGUCAAGGUGCUGGGAGACGUGGUUGAAGUGCAUGGCAAGCACGAAGAACGCCAGGACGAACACGGUUUCAUCUCUAGGGAGUUCCACAGGAAGUACCGGAUCCCAGCUGAUGUGGAUCCUCUGACCAUUACUUCAUCCCUAUCAUCUGAUGGGGUCCUCACUGUGAAUGGACCAAGGAAACAGGCCUCUGGCCCCGAGCGUACCAUUCCCAUCACCCGUGAAGAGAAGCCUGCUGUCACUGCAGCCCCUAAGAAGUAGACUCCCUUUCUCUCAUUGCAUUUUUUAAAACAAGAAAGUUUCCCAUCAGUGAAGGAAAAUCUGUGACUAGUGCUGAAGCUUAUUAAUGCUAAGGGCUGGCCCAGAUUAUUAAGCUAAUAAAAUAUCAUUCAGCAACAGA